GUACAUUAAAUGUCAUGUAUGUAUGUUAUUGACGUGACACUUGCCGAUAACUGAAGGUCAGACGUUAAUCAACACUUUUGCAAUUAAGCUGUCAAAGCUGUCAAAAGUUUUCAGAUUGUCGUCAGCAUUAAUACGUCUUGGGUUGGGGUCAAAAAUUGAGCAGAAAAUAUGUUGGCGAAUAAUUACCAGAAUUCGGAGCCGAGCUGUAGUGAUGAAGAGACGAAUGAAGUGGAAUUGGAGGAACAGUUUAUUAUACGUUUUCCCGAAGAUAUUGCUAAAAGUAUACAUGAAGCAAUUACUGCUGGAAAAGUGAGCAAUAAACUGUCAUUACAUUUAGAUCUUGACUUUCGUUCGGCCAUCGUCUUUGCGAACAACGAGAUUUUACAGGGAAAAUUGGUGCGAUUACCGACAAUUGUCGAUAGCUAUAAGACAACCGAUAAUGUGAAUUUCUAUAAGGUGGCCAACAUAAGUGAAAUGUUGAUCUGCAAUCGCGAGACAACGCAGCCUAGCAAGGAGGUAAGAAUCGCCGGAGUGGAGCAUAUUGACGAGGAGAACGUUUUGCCACAUGGCCUCACACCGCCGACAAGAAAUAUUCGUAAACGUUAUCGCAAACAUCACAAGAAGAAGUCGAAGAGCAACAAGCUAUCAGAGCAGGAGACUCUUCACAUGGUCAAGCGAUUGAUACGUGCCGAUAAGGCAGCUAUAAAUGUCGACUUACAUUUUAGUUCCGACAAUGGCGAUUCGGAUGAAGAAGAAUCCGAAAAUGACUUUCAAGAAGUUAACACAGCAUAAAUAAUAACUCACA